AUGAAAACUUCUAUGGGGGCUGUGGUUAUGGAAGCUGUAGCUAUGGAGGCCUUGGCUGUGGCUAUGGAUGUGGCUCUGGCUAUGGCUCUGGCUUUGGCUAUUACUAUUGAGGACGCCGUGGAAGAGCCUCCUCCUCUGCACCUGGACGUCAAGAUUCACCAAACAACCUCAACAACCAACACCAUGUGUGGCUACUACGGAAACUACUAUGGUGGCCUCGGCUGUGGAAGCUAUGGCUAUGGAGGCCUGGGCUGUGGCUAUGGCUCCUGUUACGGCUCUGGCUUCCGCAGGCUGGGCUGUGGCUAUGGCUGUGGCUACGGCUCUGGCUUCCGCAGUCUGGGCUGUGGCUACGGCUGUGGCUACGGCUAUGGUUCCCGCUCUCUCUAUGGCCGUGGCUAUGGAUGCGGCUCUGGCUACGGCUCUGGCUUUGGCUACUACUAUUGA